UUACUGACUCCUUAAGACUUGAAUUUUCAAGCAAGAAUUUACUGAAAAUUGUAUUAUCUACUUACUAAAUUUUUUUAAGUUUAAAAACAAAGAAAAAAAUAUAAUUUAUUUCAAGAGACAAUUUAUGAUGUACUUGUUUGCUACAUUAUCGUUUUUGUUCUCAAAUAGCUAAUACUGUCAUUAUUAUUAGUUUUGAUAAUAGCUGAUGGCUUAUCAUUUUUUGAGUAAUUAACGAGUAGCCUAAGUGUGUGUUGAGUGGAUUCAAUAAUUAUUAAAAUAUAUAAACUCGCAUUAGUCGAUGUGUUCAAUCACUGUUUAAACGUGUCUGCCACGUAUUAUCAUCCUCAUACCCAUUCUCAGAUUAAAAAACUGACUAAAAAAUGGUGAAACUAAAAUUAAUUUUUUUAAUAUUUGUCAUCAUCAAUUGCCACCAAUCAAAUGCAUCUACGAAUCUAUCGACGAUCAACGAAAUCGGCGGAAUAAUCAAAGAGAUUGUCGUCACAAUAAAUAACAUAGUAUCUGGAUUUAAAAGAAAACACUCUUCACUCUACCAACCAAUAUCUGAAUAUAAUUCAUCAAGUCUUGUACUGUCAGAAUCAAAGCACCCGAUUAACCAUCAGGAAAACUGUAAUGCUAGCAAUGUUAAUAAAGCCAUUCGAAAAAUGUUCUACAAAGCAAGACUAAUGUCAAACAUUCUACUCCAUGAUACUGACGGCAUUGAGGACCAGCUAGUCAGACUUUUAAACAAUAUUUUUGGGAAAUUAGGUACAAAUGGCUCUAAUAAUCAAGCCACUAACUUAAUAAUUUUAGAAAUGCACAACUGCGUUUUAAAAAUCAAUAACCAUUAUAAGUUGUUUAUGGAGUAUGCUCACCCAAAAGUUCAAAUGACGACUUCCACGAUAAGUAAAUUCGUCAACUCAAUCCUGUCCAUGAGACCCGAUAGUUUAUUGGAAGCUGUCAAUAAUUUGAAAAGUUUUUUUGAACCAUCAAAAAUGGCUCCUAUUUACUCGAGGCUUGUGAAAAACUUAUCCACUUCCAAGGUAUCUUCAUUUGGUUCUAAAUGUGACAAUGAAAUGUCGCUACAAGAAGAAAUAAAGGCUGUUUAUGAUUUAGUUAUUUUGAGUGAAUUGAAAGCAUUUAUGAUGAUUGUAUUUUCUCUUAAAUAUAACGAGCUUAUGCUGCAAAUUGACGAAAAAGAUAACUUGAAUGUAGAAAUAACACAAAUCAUAAAUAGAAUGAGCAAUUAUUUACAAGCUUCUCAACACGUUACUUCAUUGGCAUCACGUGACACAUUACGAUGUGAUCCUCAAAUUCAUUAUCACGACAUAACUAGCUUCCGAUUGGACAAUUUAUUUGGACUGUAUUACCUCAACAAAAGACAAUUGUAUGCCGAUUGCGAAGCUUCGAGCACAACGCAUUCUACUAAAAAUGUAAAUCAAGAUAUACUUAGCAGUGUCGAGUGCUUGGAUGAGCGUUACAACAAAAAAAAUUUGUUGAUCAAUAAUUACUGUCCGAAAUGGAAAUGCAAUGGAAGGUUACAUAACUGUACAGUUGCUGAUAAGAAAGCAUUCUGUGAAGCUAAAUUAGGAUCCGGAAGAAGAUAUGAGUGGAUUGACAACGGAACAAAUGAAACGGUGAGAGAAAAUUGUAAUGGACGUUUUAUUGACACAUUAGAACAGGCCAGUUGUGAUAAUUUGAUCUGUCAAUGUUCUGAGGAAGGCGCAGAAUCGUUCGCAACACGUGCAAUCAGUUUAAUGCCGCAAAUUGCUGAUAUUGAAAAUAAUAUGGUGAUCACGAACGUUCGUUUCCAAAAGAAGGACAACAUGGUCCACUUGCAAGCUGAACAAGGCCGUCUAUUACCAAGAGGUGAAAUCGAUAAUUUUACCCGCAACUGGCUUCCACUUAACGACCUGGUCUAUAAGCAAAACACCCGUGAGGGUUCGUUUUGGAAGCGUGAGGGAAACGUACAGUCGCCGCUGAUCUACGAGUUGGACUACACUUAUCUCCGUCACGACAAUAAUAAGCUCCAUCUCGACGACGUGAUUUCCUCCCCCGACUACAUUGUGACCGGUGUCCGUCUCAAUUACGUUGGAGGAUAUCCACCCAAAUCUUCAAGUCCAUUGGAACUUCAAAUUUUUGUUACUCCUUACAAUUAUUAUCGCGGAACUCUAGAGCCACUAUUAUCGAAACCCUCGAUGUGGCUCACCACCGGUAGAUCAUCUGAAAAAUCUGUUGAUUACUCUCGAAUGAGGACUGAAUUGAACCUCUUCCACUCCGAUGAUCCACUAAAAGCUGAUACUAUAAACCAGUUGGACUCGUAUCCAAACCAAUUUAUUGAAUUCCAAGUUACUGAUUAUCAAAAAGAUUUUGGGCAACUGACCAUCCCAUACUUUGAUGCUCGUCCAGCGUCAAUUUCAGGCGACAAAGCACUCAGCGGAAUUGGAAUAGCUCAUCGAGGAUCAAAAGGUUACGGAGGAUUUUUAGUACCAAAACUAAUCAAUGUCGAUCAUUCAAAAUAUAUUAAUUCUACUCUCACUCAACAACAAAUUGAUGAUUUUAAACGUCAUUAAUAAUGUAUUUUUUUU